AUGAAAUUUGCUUUUGGAAUCGCUUUAACUAUCCUUUUAUUCUUUUUAACCUCUCCUAUCGAUGCUAAAGACAGUAACAAAAAAGGUUUCUGUGGUAAUCGUAAUGGACAUGGUAGACAAAUUAAAUCUGGGUUUUGCAGCGAUACCUUUCUAGGAGAAAUUCCAUCAAUUAAUAAUAUGACUUCCAGUUUAAUCAUUACACCUAAAAAUGAAGCUACAUUGAGGCCUAACAAAAAUUUCACUGUUAGUAUUAAGAUUAAAAAUCUUAAAACUGGAUUUUUUAGCGAUCCGGAGAAACAAUACUACGCUGAACCGCAAGCUCUUUCUGGCAAAAUAGUUAGAGGACAUUCUCAUAUCACUAUCCAACGUUUGGAUAGCGAUGAAACUGUUCCAGAUGCUAAAAAUUUUGCAUUUUUUGAAGGGUUAAAUAACGCUGCUAAAAAUGGUAUUCUGACGGUAGAAGUCAGUGGCUUAGAUGCUGGUAGAUACAGAAUUUGUACCAUGUCCUCAUCAUUCACCCAUCAGCCACUCGUUAUGCCAGUUGCUAAACGCGGUUCUCAAGAUGACU